CCUUCCUCUUCCCUCCAUCCCUCACUCCUUCCUUCAUUCGCCCCAACCAUGUCUAUUCGUCUCCUCUCUAUUUUACGCCCAGCAUUGCGCUCGGCCUCCUUGCGGGCCAGUACAGCCACUCGUGUACUCCCUCGUACUGCCACAGUCAACGCAUUUCCAGCAUUGACGUCGCACUUGCAGAGAACUGUUGGUUUUCACACUCAGCCGAUUCGUCUUCAGGCUGUUAACCAAGAAGCACUAAGCGAACAGAUUGAAGGCCAGCUGCCCACUCGCUUUGAUGAAGUUUCUUUGCAUCCUAACACUACCAAAGCUAUCAAGACUAUCUUCAAGUAUGAAACCAUGUCAAAGGUUCAGUCAGAGGUACUGUCGCUGCUUCCUACAGACACAGAUAUGUUUGUCAAAGCGAAAACUGGAACAGGAAAAACAUUGGCGUUCUUGAUCCCUGCCCUUGAGACUGUCUUGGCUAAGACUGAUCCUAAAACUUUGAGGCGGGGUGAGAUGGCUACUUGCUUGAUUGUUUCUCCAACCAGAGAGCUGGCUCAGCAAAUUGCAGAGGAGGCAAGGAAACUAGCUAAGCUCCACAAGUUCAAUGUUCACUGUCUUGUUGGUGGUGAGAGUAAGAGUCAGCAGAUCCGUCAGCUGAACAGUAAGCGUGUGGAUAUUGUUGUUGGAACUCCUGGUCGAUUAAAUGAUAUGAUUGAAUCCGUCCGAGAGUUCCGCUCGCAGCUAGAGGGUGUUAAAGUCUUGAUUUUGGAUGAAGCUGAUCAGCUGUUGGACAUGGGAUUUAAGGACAGCAUUGAGAACAUUGUAGAUGCGCUGCCAAAGGAGCGUCAGACUCUGUUCUUCUCAGCUACUGUUUCGUCCCAGAUCAAAUCGAUUGCCCGUACCUCUCUUAAGCCAAACUUCACAUUCAUCGAUACCGUGGACCCUAACGAAGCCAACACCAAUUUGCAAGUCAAUCAAUCAUACUGCGUUACUUCAUAUGAGCAACAAUUGCCACUUCUACAUCAUAUCAUUGAGGACCAUAAGAGAAAAAACCCCCACGGCAAAGUCAUGGUCUUCUUGCCUACGACACGAGGCACACAACUCUACGCUUCGCUCUUUGAGGAACUCACAUCAUACCGCCUUUUCUCCCUACAUUCCAAGAAGUCUCAAGAACAACGCACCAAGACCUCAGAUCGUUUCCGUAAGAGCAGAGGCUCCAUCAUGUUUACCUCAGAUGUUUCUGCUCGUGGUGUCGACUAUCCUGAUGUCUCACUUGUUGUUCAGGUUGGUAUUCCUUCCUCUAAGGAGCAAUAUAUCCAUCGAGUCGGCCGUACAGGACGUGCGGGAAAGACUGGAGAGGGUGUUUUGAUGGUCACCCAUAUGGAGAAAUCGUUCUUGGAUCACAUGUCCGAUCUUCCUUUGACCCAAAAUGAGAUCGCCAAGAAUGUCGAUGAGAUUAUGAACGAUACGUCCUUGAUGGCUAAGCUUACAGCCGCCAAGCAGGCUCAGGACCCUGAUAUGCUCUAUGAUGCCUUUACAGCAUACCUCGGAUACUACACUGGUCGAACGGAUGUUUUGACUUGUCCCAAGCGCGAUAUCCUUGAAUCAGCGAAGCAGUAUGUUGUACACCUUGGUGCAGAUGAGCCUCCUCAUGUAAGUGAGGCUUUCUUGACUAAGCUCGGAUUCAACUCACGAACUUCUUCACGUGGCGGAUCUUCCCGUGAUCGUGGUUUCAGUGGUGGAUUUUCAAGGGGGCGUGAUAACUUCGCUGGUAACCGUGGUAACUUCCGUGACCGCUCUUCAUCAAGAUAUAGCGAGCGCAGCUUUGGCCGUGGCGACAGGAAUUCAUCAUACGGCCGUAACGACCGCAGAGGUAGUUCUGACCGCUUCUUCUCAAGAGAUUAGAACAGUCAAAUCUACAUGUGUUUUUAUACAAUAGUUUAGUUUAUCAAUUUCCUUUUUGCAUAUGUAGUUUUGUCCUCUUUGUUUUCAUAUUUCAUCGAUUGCCCAUCAUUAUAUUUAGUACGAACAUUUUCAUUAUAGACAAGCACAGCACCACCAAUGUUUAUUAUUAUGAACGAGGCCAAGGUGGUUCUUUGUUAAUGCGGAU